AUGAAUAUUAAAAAGAAAGAAGUAACACCUGAAAAGAUUUAUUUAAAUGUAUAUGACUUACAUCCUGUGAAUAGUUAUUUUUAUUACUUUGGACUAGGUGCUUUUCAUUCCGGUGUUGAAUUGUAUGGAUCAGAGUACUCGUUUGGUGGACAUGAAUAUUCUUUUACGGGCGUCUUUGAAAUUGAACCGAGAACUGCUACCGGUGUGAUAUUUAGAGAGCGAUUGCUCAUUGGUGAAACUACCAAGUCACGUAGUCAGGUGCAAUCGAUCGUCGAUGCAAUCUCUGAUGAAUUCACUGGAAACAGCUAUCAUCCUCUCCAGAGAAACUGCAAUUCAUUCUCACAGGAAUUCGUUUAUAGACUCACCGGAAAGAACAUACCAAACUACAUCAACAGACUGGCGUACAUCGGUAACUUUUUCAGUUGUCUCAUUCCCAAUCUAUCGUUAAACACACCAUCUGCAUCAUCUCAACAACAACAACAGCAACAACAGAGAAUCGGUGGAACUGGCUCACCCAGUAGUGGAAGUAGCGGAAGUAAUAAUAGUAGUAAUAUAAAUUCACCACAUUUUCCAGGACAAGGUUAUACUCUUAGUAAUCUACCUACACCGCCGCCACUUGAACUCUCUUCGGAUGAUGAUGACGACGAAGAUGAUGAAACUUCAACACUGAAGAGAUCAACGUCAUCAAGUGAAAAGGAAUCAUCACUUUCAAUGUCAUUAUCAUCAUCAUCAUCUAACUCUUCAGAUAACAGCAGUAAUAGCAGUGGUAAUUCGGAAUUAGAAGAAAGAAGAAAAAAGAUGCUACUGGCAGCAAGCAAACGUCAACACCAAGAUGAUAAAGAAAAACUUUUAACUUCACCAACAUCAUUGUCGUCGUCAUUAUCAUCGACCAAUCAGAAUUCAUAA